UCGUUUCCAUUCUUAGUUCUACUCCGCCCGCUCUGAUCCCAGGCUCGCCUCCUGCUCCCACAACCUGCUUGAUGUCCUACCGCCGUCUCGAGGACCCAGAAGAGUAUCCGCUUCACCAGAUCCGUCCUGCUCAUCCGCAAACCUUCUCCGGCGCUCCCGUCUAUCCUGUCAACAGUUCUGAACGGGAACCUGUUAGAACCGCAGGCGACGACAUGCCGUUCCCAGGGAAGAGGUUUGGGCGGGCUUACCGCACCAGAGUAUUUCUGUCGUAUGCGCCGGAUUGGGUACUGUGCAUUGGACUUUCUGCCGCAUUCUUUGCCCUCGACAAGGUCCCGGGAUUCAAGAGGGAGUUUUCCCUGACCGACACUUCUCUACUUCAUACGUUUGCAGUACACGAACGAGUACCGGAUUGGCUGCUCUAUGUAAUCUUCGCCGCCGCUCCGCUGACACUCAUGCCGAUCAUCAACCUCAUACUAUUGCGCUCGUUAUGGGACUGGCACAGUAGCUGGCUGGGAUGGCUCCUCUCGUGUUCAAUAACUGGCGCUAUCACCCAGUUCUCGAAGAUCACUGUCGGUAGACCCCGCCCAGACCUGAUUGACCGCUGUCAGCCCAUCUCCGGCGCGGUGGACCCGCCCCUUGGUUUGUCCACGGUUGCGAUAUGCACCCAAACGGAUGUAGGGAUCUUGCGGGACGGUUGGAGAAGCUUCCCGAGCGGUCAUUCUAGUCUGUCCUUUGCUGGGCUGGGCUUCUUGUCCUUCUACCUCGCAGGCAAGCUACAUCUUUUCGACGAGCGCGGCCACACUGUGAAAGCAUGGAUCUCGCUCGUCCCUCUGUCCGGCGCUGCCCUUGUCGCCAUCUCGCGCACCAUGGACUAUCGCCACCACUGGCAGGACGUCCUCACGGGCUCCACCUUAGGCAUCGUUGUUGCCUACUUCGGUUACCGCCAGUACUACCCACCCCUGAGCUCACAAAUCUGCCAUUUACCGUACUCGCCUCGGGUCCAUCGUGGCGGCCAAGCCCUCCCGACGCACCACUCGAGGCCAUCAGAGGCGCAGGCGCUGUCGAGCGGACCUCCGGACAGUCUUUCCAUGCGCCCGCGGAUGCCCGAACCAAGAUACUCGGAUAGACACAGCAUAGGUGAUGAGGAGAUGGGACGUCCCUCUGUCACUCGGGAUACGGAUCCUAGCAAGGACGAUUUGCGCCAUCCGUAGCGAUGGCCAGAAUAUCCAAUGCAAUAUAGUACUUGUAGCCCCGAUUCUAGUUGGUCAAUGGGAAUGAUCUACAUAGGGACAAUGGCGCGAUACACUGUACCUGUGGUUUCGAA